UCCUCCCAAGAGAAUGUGCACUGAAAGUGAAACUAGUCGUAUGACAGCUGCCAGCACAGGAUAGCUAAUUAAAAAACAGAUCGCAAGAAAGCAGAAUGUAUAGCUCAGGACAACUCCUGAAUAAAACAGAGUGCCAGAAAGCAGAAUGUAUAGCCAAGUCUAUUUGUGAAGCCUUUUCCUAAUGAGAUGAAGACUUCCUUUUACGGAUGCAAGGACACCAACUCACAGACACAGUGUAAUGAAAUAAGCACAACAAUCAGCAGUAUAAAAAAUGUGGAAAUCUGAUUCCCGGAUGCAGCAAACUCAGAGGUUGAAAUUAAUUCUUCUUGGAGAAUUCGGUGUUGGCAAAACAAGCUUCUUCUGCCGUGUGAAGCAUGGUUAUUUCCCAAAGAGCACUCUGAGCACCCUAUCUCCCGAUGACUUUCAGAAAACAUAUCAUGUCCUGCACAAUGGGCAGCCACAGGAGGUUGAGGUGACCCUGUGGGAUACUGUUGGUGAAGAGAGGUUCGAUUCCCUGUCCACCACUUACUAUCGCUACACUAGUGCUGCAAUACUCAUGUACUCUGUGGAUAGGCAGGAAACAUUAGAACAUCUGGUGCACUGGAUCAACUCAGCAAGAUCCUACUGUGAUGAUGUUAAACUUUUCCUGGUGGGAAAUAAGAAUGAUCUGGAAGACAAAAUCCCCAAAGACAAGGUUCGGAGAUUUGCACAGGAACAUAAAAUACAGUCAGUUUUCAAACUGUCAGCUAAAACAGGUAUGUAG